AUAUAUGUGUAUAGCUGUCACUGAGAGUGGUGAGCACGCAAAAACACUUCAAAAGAAUCACAAAAACUCAAAAAUCUCUUUUGAUUUCUCUCUUUAUACACUUUCCCAUACAGAAAUCUAUGUAAAUAAGUCAUUUCCCCCCUCAAUUUCUGUUUCUGGGUGAUUCUUGAACAUGGGUUGCUCUGGAUCCAAAGAAAAUGAAGCAGCUAAACAGAUACGAAAACCAAAGCCUUGGAAGCAUUCAGAAGCUAUUACGACAGCUCAACUUGUGCAGAUGCGUGAUGAAUUCUGGGACACAGCACCACACUAUGGGGGUCGAAAAGAGAUAUGGGAUGCACUCCGAGCUGCAGCAGAGUCGGAUAUAAGCCUUGCACAAGCAAUCGUGGAUAGUGCUGGGAUAAUCGUGCAAACCCCUGAUUUAACAAUAUGCUACGACGAAAGAGGCGCCAAGUACGAGUUGCCCAAGUAUGUUCUAAGCGAGCCAACUAAUUUGAUUCGCGAAAACUGAAAACUGAAAAGAGAAGUUCUUCAUGUACAAUGUUUCAUUUAAACGCCUCUUGCAGGAAUGUAGGGUAAGGUUGCCUACAAUAGACCUUUGUGAUCCGGUUUUUCUCCAAAGGGCAUAGCAGAAACUUUAGUGCACCGGACUGCCUUUUUUUUAGCACUAAGUUCCAUUUUUUCAGUUCCUUUACUGAAAUUCUCAUAGUGAGUUCUUUCAACUUUGCAAAGGAAAUGAGUCGAAACAUUUGCUUGUUUCAUGGAAAUCAAAUGUUGUAUUAGUUAUGUAGAAAUUAUAUUAAUGAUGCAAAGUUUAGUUUGUAAACUAAACGUUAUAAUAAUUAUGUGCAAUUUUAUAUGAUAUUACUUUUCGUUA